AUGCCAGUGCAGCAGGCUUGCGCCACAGCCUACCGCGACCACCUCGAUGUGUGGCUGGACCUUUCCCAUCAGACCUCUGAAUUCACCGAUAUCGGACAACAGCCACAAUGGUACCGCCAGGCAACCCGCGGGAGCACGGGCCUAUCAGGGGCAGACACCGAACAGUGGGCGUUGCGGAUGUUCGACGCAGCUAGCAUCGAAUGCCGGGGCUGUUGGAUUGCUGGCGGCAGCUACGUCGAAGUUCAGCUGCGCCUGGAGGAUCUCGUCAACGCGGAGUCUGGCUUGCGAUCUUGGCGCAACGCCAGUGUCCUUCAACGAGCACUUGCGAAAGGACUCGCCAAGGACUUUCAUCUGAGCUCCCUGCCGAAAGUCUUGCAGAACAAUGUUUGCGUGCCAGCGGGAUGUUCCCGGCAAGACAUAGCGGACAGUGUGCUGCCGCUCUUUUAUGAGGCAGUGCUGUUUCGUCACUGGUCUGCCACCACAGCAGUCGCCCGAAGCAGGAAUUUGCUGCUGAAUGUGAGCCGCUUCGUGAGUAUCCACGAGAUGGGACAUUGGCAGGAUCUCCAUUUGGACUUCGCCAUCCUCGGCGUGGACCACUGUGGGACGACUUCGCUGCAUCGGCACCUUAGCGAGCAUCCAUCAAUCGUGUUCUCAGAAGAGGGCGAGGACUGGUUCUUCUGGAACAAGGCGAGGCGGCUUCUCCCGCAUCGCUCGUGGAUCUCCGAGUUUGAAAGUCGAAUGGCCGCGGCAGCUGCCGCCAAGAGGACCUUGACAGGAUCUUCUCCCAGAAUUCGUGGAAUUGUCAAUCCACGCUUCUUCUUCAACGCGCUGCUGCGCAAGGCCCUCUCCCUCAUUCCACAGCUGAAGGUCCUGGUCGUCGUUUGCGACCCAUUGGGCCGUCUGGAGCGGCGCUACGCCGACUUCUCCGCCUGUGCUACGCGAGGGAGCGUUGGUCCGGGGCAUCCUCCCUGCUCUGAGCAGGUGCAGGAUCUCCUGGAGCACCGGCACGGACAGCUCGACUGGCUUUGGCGUUCAUCCGCGUUAGAGCAGCCACUGACGUCAACUUUUCAACAUUUCAGUCACCGUACACUCCUUUUGCAUCGUGACUGGAUGCGCGAUGCCCCUGGGCUCUUCUUCCAUGGGGCGGCUAACUUUCUUGGCGCUUCCUGGGAGAAGCUUCCCAGCUUCCGAAGAUUCAAUGCAUGGGGCGGUCAUCGGACGGACCUUUGCCGCAACAGGACACUGACUCGAGCUCUGCGCCUUGCCUUGGAGCCGGAAUACGCCGCUCUUGAGAGGUUCCUGGAGCUUUCCGGCGCUUUGCCCAGUGCCCUGCGCUUACGCAUCAAGGCCAUCCUCAAUGCUGCCCAGAAGAAUCUCUAUGAGAUGACCGCGACGGGCAAAGGAGAGGACGACCUUCUCCAGCUUGAAAAGAAGUUCGAGGUGAAGAUCAUCGGCGCAGAUGACAUAGAAGACUGCAACAUCAGCGUCCACUUCCAAGAGAUAGCGGACUUUAUUGAGGCCGGGCGUAAGAAAGGCGGUGUCGUGAUACACUGUGCCGCUGGCGUCUCUCGCGCAUCGACCUCCUGCAUGGCGUACAUGAUGAUCAAGGAGCACUGGAGUCUGCAAGCUGCCCACCGCCGGGUCCAUGCGGUGAG